GGUUCGGGGGCGCCCGCUGACUGUGGCGCGGCCCAGGUGUUACGAAGCCCCGAAGGGCGGGGAGGCGAUCGCCCUCGACGUGUCCCCGCUGCGGCAGCUGGGGCUGCUGCCCUCCCAGGACGACAUGCGGGCGGGCUGCAGGGCGUCGCUCCGGAGGCGGCAGCUCUACAUCGGCGGGCUCAAGGAGCCAGGGGUGACGAAGAAGGAGCUGCAGGAGCUCCUGGACUACAUCUGCAUCAACCUGCCCGAGUACAGCCCCGCGGCCGGCAGCGCAGUGCUGGACGUGGCCACGUUCGACAACAAGUACGCCUUCGCGGAGCUGCAGAGCGAGCAGCUCGCGGGCGCUGCGCUGAGCGCGCUGACGAACGUGGUGAUACGGGGACACUCGCUCCACGUCAUGGUCAAGAAGUCGAUCUACCGCAACGCCCCGGGCUGA